AUGUCAUUCAAACUCCUUCCCGACCUCCCUGAUCUCACUUAUCAAUCAAAGCAUAAACAUGGAGAAGAGAAGGUGGACCAACAAUGGACUAUCAUCCCUCUUAAGGCAUUGGUCGUGCUUCGUGGACCUAAGAAAAAAUACUUACAUUUGGCUGCGAAGCGGUACAACUAUAAGACAUGCAACAAAGGGUUUCCAUCUAUUCGAGCUCUAUUUAGUCAUAUGCAUCCUCACAAGGUUCUCCCAACACAGCUGCAACCCUUACCCCCAAGUGUUCGGAACACUAGUACUACUCUUAACUUUAUCCUUGGAUGUUCGCCCAACUCAGCCGCAACCCUUACCCCAAGUGUUCGGUACGCUAGUGCUACUAUUUACCUUCUCCGUGGACAUAACUCAAAUUUGCCACUUUUAAGUUGGAGGAAUCGAAUCCAAUUCAUACUCCUUCCCAACCUCCCUUAUCUCACUUAUCAAUCAAAGCAUGAAUACAGAGAAGAGCAGGUUGACCAACAAUGGACUAUCAUCUCCCUUAAGGCAUUGGCUGUGCUUCGUGGACACAAGCUGAAAUACUUAGUUUUAGUUACAAAGCGGUACAACUGUAAGAUAUGCAACAAAAAGGUUUCCAUCUACUUGAGCUCUGUAUGGUCAUAUGCAUCCUCACAAGGUUUCCCAACUCAGUUGCAACCCUUACCCGCAACUAUUCGGCUUCAUGGACCUAAGCAAAAAUACUUACAUUUGGCUGCGAAGCGGUACAACUGUAAGACAUGCAACAAAGGGUUUCCAUCUAUUCGAGCUCUAUUUAGUCAUAUGCAUCCUCACAAGGUUCCCCCAACACAGCUGCAACCCUUACCCCCAAGUGUUCGGAACACUAGUACUACUCUUAACUUUAUCCUUGGAUUUAACUCUAAUAUCCAUAUGAAUUCUCACACUCUUUGUGAACCCAAGCAGAAAUACUUACUUUUGGCUGCCAAGCAGUACAACUCUGCAACCCUUACCCCAAGUGUUCGGUACGUUAGUGCUACUAUUUACCUUCUCCGUGGACAUAACUCAAAUUUGCCACUUUUGAGUUGGAGGAAUCGAAUCCAAUUCAUACUCCUUCCCAACCUCCCUCAUCUCACUUAUCAAUCAAAGCAUGAAUACAGAGAAGAGCAGGUUGACCAACAAUGGACUAUCAUCUCCCUUAAGGCAUUGGCCGUGCUUCGUGGACACAAGCUGAAAUAUUUAGUUUUAGUUACAAAGCGGUACAACUGUAAGAUAUGCAACAAAAGGGUUUCCAUCUACUUGAGCUCUGUAUGGUCAUAUGCAUCCUCACAAGGUUUCCCAACUCAGUUGCAACCCUUACCCGCAACUAUUCGGUAUGCAAGGUUUCCAUCUAGUCAAGCUCUAUAUGGUCAUAUGCAUCCUCACAAAGUUCGCUCAACUCGACUGCAACCUUUACCCCCAGGUGUUCGAUACGCUAGUACUUCUCUUAACUUUAUCCUUGGACGUAACUCAAAUUUGAAAUAUGCCACUUUUGAGUUGGAGGAAUCAACGAAGGUGUUGCAGACAAAAGUGAAUGCCAUUAAACUCCUUCCCGACUUCCCUUAUCUCACUUAUCAAUCAAAGCAUAAACACGAAGAAGAGCAGGCUUCGCCAAUCGGUACAACUGUAAGAUAUGCAACAAAGGGUUUUCAUCUACUCGAGCUCUGUAUGGUCAUAUUCACCUCUCAAGGUUUACCCAACUCAGCCGCAACCCUUACCCCCAGGAAAUGGGCCACUUUUGAGUUGGAGGAAUCGACGAAGGUGUUGCAGACGAAAGCGAAUGCCAUUCAAACUCUUUCCCGACCUCCCUUAUCUCAAUUAUCAAUCAAAACAUAA